GUAUAAUUUUCAAAUUUAUUAAAAUUGCAUAAGUGUAAAGUUAUUCCCAAGCAUACUCAUUUAGUGCAUAUAGCACUUAGACGAAUUGAAUUAGAUUUGUGUGUAUUUGUGCAUACACUACAACAAAUGUCGUCCAUAUUCCUCACGUAAUCACAUAUUUGCAUAGACUGAACAUUCCAGACAACGCUCUCUUUCUGUAGAAGGAGAGCUUCGACAAAUAAACCACAACUCAAACAAGGAAUAUCAACAGCAUCCUGCUCGUAUUGCGUGCAGGAAUAAAAUACGUACACAUACCAACACACCAGACACAUCCAGGAUGGGGCGGCUGUCACAAACGCUGGCCGUCCUGCUGCUGGUGGCCGUUUUAGGCUCUUCAACUGCCGAGAUAAAUUCACCGCCUCGCAUCAUCAAACAACCGCCAACAGAUGAGCUGCUUUUCAAAGUCGCAGUACAAAAUAAGGAAAGUGAUAAACCAUUCAUCAUCGAAUGUGAAGCUGAAGGAAAACCAGAUCCAAGCUACCGAUGGGUCAAGAACGGCAAGAAAUUCGAUUGGCAAGCUUACGACAAUCGCAUGCUGCAGCAGCCCGGUCGGGGUACGCUCGUAAUCACGUCACCCAAGGACGAAGAUAUGGGUCAGUAUCAGUGUUUCGCUGAAAACGAAUUCGGUACAGCCACAUCGAACUCUGUGUUUGUGCGUAAAGCCGAACUGAAUGCAUUCAAAGAUGAGGUGGCGAAAACGAUUGAAACAAACGAAGGUGAACCGUUCUCACUGAGUUGUGAAGCACCGGAUGGUUGGCCCAAGCCCAUUGUGAACUGGCUGAUACAACAUUCAUUGGAUGGCACCAUUAAAUCGAUAAACGAUUCGCGCAUGACACUCGAUCCCGAAGGCACACUCUGGUUCUCGAAUGUAACACGUGGAGAUGCCUCUGACGAUUUCUUCUAUGCCUGUUCGGCUACCUCGGUAUUCCGUAAUGAAUACAAAAUCGGCAAUAAAGUACUAUUGGAUGUGAAACAGACCGGCAUCAGUGCCGCACAGAACAAACAACCACCAAAGAGGCAAUACGUGACGCGCAAGAACGAAGUGGCGUUACGUGGUAAACGCGUUGAGCUUUAUUGUAUUUUUGGUGGCACCCCGCUACCGCAAACGGUGUGGUCCAAGAAUGGCGCACCCAUACAGUGGAGUGAUAGAGUAACGCAGGGUCAUUACGGUAAAUCGCUGGUCUUCAGGCAGGCAAGUUUCGACGAUGAGGGCACCUACACGUGCGACGUUUCUAACGGUGUUGGCAAUGCACAAUCAUACUCCAUUAAUUUGAAAAUUUGGGCCACACCAUAUUUCACCAAAGAACCAGAGAUCCAGAAUGCCGCCGAAGAUGAAUCAGUCGAAUUUGAGUGCGCGGCUGCCGGUAAUCCCGAACCCACUAUUCAAUGGAUUCACAAUGGCAAACCGAUUGCACAAGCACCACCCAAUCCACGCCGUACUGUACAGAGUAAUCGCAUUAUCAUACGCGAUCUCGUCAAGGCCGAUACCGGAAAUUAUGGCUGUAACGCUACCAACUCGCUUGGCUAUGUCUACAAGGAUGUGUACCUAAACGUGUUGGCACUACCACCAGAGAUCCAGGAAGCGCCGCGUAAGGAAGCAACAGUCGAUGGCAAGAACGUUACAUUGCGUUGUCGCGUCUUUGGUGCACCCAAACCACAAGUCAAAUGGAUACACAACCAUCAGGAGUUGACCGGUGGACGUUACAACACACUACCCUCGGGAGAUUUGGAGAUCCAAGAAGUUGCAUUCAGCGAUGAGGGCGACUACACUUGCUUUGCCACUAACAAAUUCGGCAGCAAAUCGGCGAAUGGAUCGUUGACAGUCAUGAAGCGCACAAGCAUCAUUCACGAGCCACAGAAUUAUGAGGUUGCCGCUGGAAAAUCGGCGACAUUCCGUUGUAAUGAGGAGCAUGACGAAAAACUAGAUCUGGAGAUUGAAUGGUGGAAAGACGGCCAACCCAUUGAUUUCGAAUCGGAGGCACGUUUUGUUAAGACCAAUGACAAUUCGUUGACCAUACCCAAGACUGUUGAAUUGGAUUCGGGCGAGUACACUUGUGUAGCGCGCACACAGUUGGAUGAAGCUUCAGCUAAAGCCAAUCUCAUAGUACAGGACGUUCCAAACGCGCCACGCCUAGUCGGUAUCGUAUGCAUGGCUAAUAGGAUAAAAGUCACCUGGGAGCCACAGGGUGACAAUCGUUCACCAAUUCUAUACUACACCCUCGAAUUCAAUACUUCCUUCACGCCCGACUCUUGGGAUAUCUCGUAUGAGAAGGUUCCCUCCACCGAGGUUGCAUUUGUCGUUGAUUUAACACCCUGGGCAAACUACACCUUCCGUGUGAAAGCCAUCAACAAAAUCGGACCGUCGCCGCCAUCUGAGAACAGUGAAGUAUGCACAACGCCAGCAGAUGUGCCCUACAAGAACCCGGACAAUGUUCAAGGCAUGGGAACUGAGCCCAAUAACUUGGUUAUAUCAUGGACUCCAAUGCCAGAGAUUGAUCACAAUGCACCGGACUUCCAUUACCGCCUCUCAUGGAAACGCGAUAUACCUGCAGCCUCCUGGGAGAGUAGAGACAUCUACGAUUGGCGGCAGAGUAAUAUGGUAAUACCAGAUCAGCCAACCUAUGUACCAUACCUGAUCAAAGUAGUGGCUAUAAAUCAAAAAGGUGAAGCAAAUGUGGCGCCCACAGAAGUUGUAGGCUAUUCAGGCGAAGAUCGUCCCUUGGAAGCUCCCACUAACUUCAGUAUGGUUCAAGUCACAGCCGCUACCACAGCUAUGCUGCGCUGGAAUCACGUCAGCCCCGAAUCAGUACGUGGUCGCUUCAAGGGCUACAAAAUCCAAACUUGGACCGAGAAGGAGGGUGAGGAAGCGCUGCGCGAAAUACACGUUGAUGCGAUUUCCGAUCAGGCGCUCGUGACACAAUUCAAACCCGACUCGAAGAACUUUGCGCGUGUGCUCGCCUACAAUGGACGCUUUAAUGGCCCACCAAGUGUGGUCAUCGACUUUGAUACACCGGAAGGUGUGCCAUCACCAGUACAAUCAUUGGAUGCCUACCCGCUGGGUUCAUCUGCCUUCUGGUUGACAUGGAAGAAACCAUUGCAACCAAAUGGUAAAUUGACCGGCUACAAAAUCUACUAUGAAGAAGUGAAGGGAAGCUAUGUAAGCGAGCGACGUGAACUCGAACCGCACAUUACCGAUCCACGACAGACGAGCACCAAAAUGGCUGGUUUGCAUCCAAAUACUAAGUAUAGAAUUUCCAUAACGGCGACAACAAAAAUGGGCGAGGGAUCAGAGCACUUUAUUGAGAAACGUACAUUACCCGAGGACUCACAGAAGCCAGCCGUACCUGCAUUCGCUUGGGAGCAAUUACCAUCCGAUAAUGGUUUUGCUAAAUAUCGCAUAAACUGGCAUCCCAGUACCGAAGGACAUGCGGGCACACACUUCUACACACAGUACAGAAUCAAAGGUGAGCCCAACUUCGUUAAAGUGGAUCCAGAAUUUACUAGAGACUUCCAAGAGAUCGCUGGUCUUGACCCCGACAAUGUUUACGAAUUCCGUGUGGUCGCAGUUGAUGGACUCCACGAAACACCCAGUGAACUAAGAGAAAUCGUUGUUGAAGGACCUACUAAAGUGCCCAAUCAGAAUGUGGCAAAUGCUGGCUGGUUCAUUGGCAUGAUGUUGGCUUUGGCUUUCAUUAUUAUACUUUUCAUUAUUAUUUGCAUAAUACGACGCAAUCGUGGUGGCAAAUAUGAUGUACAUGAUCGUGAAUUGGCGAACGGCCGUCGUGACUAUCCGGACGAAGGUGGAUUCCAUGAAUACUCACAGCCUUUGGAUAACAAGAGCGCUGGUCGCCAAUCGGUUAGUUCGGCGAACAAGCCAGGUGUGGAAAGUGAUACCGAUUCCAUGGCUGAAUAUGGUGAUGGUGAUACAGGUUUAAAUGAAGAUGGCUCAUUUAUUGGUCAAUAUGGACGUAAAGGACUUUGAUUGCAAUCAGAGUUCUAAUUUUUACAUCUUUCCUGUUAUCGUAUCCGUCAACACAAGCCACUUGAGAAAGAGCAUCAGCAUUCACGAAAACUACACGAACAACAACAAUAAACUAAAUACACCUUUUCUUGACUACUGCCAAAUAGCAUCCAGCCAUUAGCGAAAAAAAAUAAGAAAGUUGUAAAAGAACUCAACGAUGCAGCUCAGAAAAAAAAAAUUAACGCACAAAACUGUUAAGCCAGCUAUUUUGUAUUAUAUUAAUUAAUCCACGUUAAUUGCAAAAUCGAAAAAAGUUAUUUGAUUUUAUGGCAAGCUAUAUGUUUUAAUCCCAUCCAUAUGCCUGCACAUUGAACCCAAUCAAACACAAACACACUUGCGAUCGCGCAAGCCCAGCUAGAAUGCGGCGCAAGCACCGAUUGACAAGCUGUGUGCAUACGCGUGCAGAUAAAUAUUUAAAGCUCUCUUUGUAUUUUUUUAAAUAAGUGUAGUUUAAAAUGUGUUUUAUAAAAGAAAAGAAACUGUAAAAUUUUAUGUUUAUGAUUGCUUUUAUACUGUACGUACAAUAUUAUAAUUUAUUUUUUAUUAUUAUUAUUUUUUUUUAUUGUAACUAUUCUUAAAAUGUAUUGCACUUUUAAUAAUGACUUCUUAUGUGUUUUUAUUUUAUUUUUUUUAUUUACUUUUUACUUUUUGUGUUUAGUAUUUAGUAACCCUUGCAUAACUGUAUACUACUCUCAUUUAUUUUUUACUCUCUUUUUUAUUUUAUUUUAUAUGCUUAAAUAUAGUGUUUUUAAUGGAUAAUUUUUAGCAAUAAUGUUAAAGUAAAAGAAAAAAAUUCAAAAACAAUCGAAUCGUUUCUUAAUAAUAAUGUAAAUUAAAACUAUCAACAACAAGUAAGAAGAGAAACAAAAAAACAUAGUAUACAUGUAAAGCUAAGCUAUUUGUGUACCUACCAUUUUCGUAUAAAAGAUAAAACAAACACUUAAUAUGAAAAUGAA